AUGCCCAAGAUUCUGCUGCCCGCCGAGCCCAAGGGCGCGACGACGACGAGCCCGAGCGACGCUUCGUCGGACGGGACGCUCGAGCACUUCAACGCGACAGCCUUCGUGCCCACGAAGCUCAAGCCCGAGAUCCCCAAGUUCCUCCUCCAGCUCUUCGACAUUCUCGAGGAGGAAGAGUCGAGCGUGAUCAAGUGGGCCGACGACGGCGCGUCGCUGCAGAUCCUCGACCCAGGCCGCGCGACGCGCGAGAUCCUCCCCAAGUACUUUAGUCACAACAACUUUCAGUCGUUCCAGCGCCAACUCAACUACUUUGGCUUUCGCAAGUGGACCAAGACCAAAACGUACAUUUGUACGUUUAGCCACCCGUUCUUCAAGAAGAACGAACCGGACUUGCUGCAGUUUAUCAAGCGCAAGUCGGUGCCAAAGCGAACGCGGGCCUCGGCGCCGCUCGAGCUCCUCCCGGCCGUGAAAGAGCCCAUCUACUUUAAACGCAAGCUGCCCCACGUCGAGGGCAAUUGCAUGAUCCGCCCGUACGUCACGACCGAGUCGCCAGAGACACAACCCAAGAUCUUACCGGCCGACGUCAUUGUCUUUGCCAACCAGUCGCUACCCAACUUGAGCACGAUCAGGACGCGGCUCAUUCUACGACAAGAAGCGUCGCCCAAAGUCGACGAGUCGCCCCACGAGGAUAACGAGGACCCUGUGAACCUUCUCCUCGGUAUCAAACAAGCCAUGGUUGAAUCGCGGCCCUCCGAGGAAGUACCGGGCCCAACCAGCACGGCGGAGGUCGAGGCGCCUGUCCAAGCCGAGGAGGACGUGCACGCGCAGCUUGCGACCGCGCGGCGGCAAAUUGCUUCGCUGCAGGCGUCGCUGGACGCGCAGAUCCUAGAGAACGAGCGCUUACGGGCGACGCAACCGCGGCGAAAACGGCCGCGGGCAGGAGCGUAA